AUGGCGAACCUGCUCCCUCCCCCAGGCACCGAUGCGUUCCGCCGCUUCACCCGGGAAUCGCUGGCGGAGAUCGAGAGGCUCGCGGAGGAAAGAAAAAAGGCCGCAGAAGUAGAGGGCCAUGAGGAGGAAACGGCCCCAUACGCUGAUCUGGAGGCGGGCAAGAGUCUGCCCAUGAUCUUCGGAGACCCUCCAAAAGAGCUGCUCAACACACCUCUGGAGGACAUGGACCCCUUCUACAAGACACAGAAAACAUUCAUUGUGAUCAGCAAAGGAAACACAAUCUACAGGUUCAAUGCUGAACCGGCCUGCUACAUUCUGAGCCCCUUUAGUUUGAUUAGAAGAGGAGCCAUUAAAAUUCUCAUACAUUCGUUCAUUAUGAUUACAAUUCUAUCGAAUUGUGUAUUCAUGACGAUGAGCAACCCACCAGCAUGGAGUAAAACUGUUGAGUAUGUUUUUACUGGUAUCUAUACCUUUGAGGCAACAGUCAAAGUGUUGUCCAGAGGUUUCUGUGUUGGAUCUUUUACAUUCCUUCGAGAUCCAUGGAAUUGGCUGGAUUUCAUGGUGAUCAGCAUGGCAUACAUCACUGAGUUUGUUGACCUUGGCAAUGUGUCAGCCCUCAGGACAUUUCGUGUACUUCGAGCCCUUAAAACAAUUACUGUGAUUCCUGGUUUGAAAACCAUCGUGGCCGCUUUGAUCCAGUCAGUGAAGAAAAUGGUGGACGUCAUGAUUCUGACCGUCUUCGCUCUUGCUGUUUUUGCCCUUGUUGGUCUUCAACUUUUCAUGGGAAAUCUGCGUCAGAAAUGUGUGCGAUGGCCCAUCGAAACAAAUGAAACUGCAUUUGAAUUUUUCAACACCACUACCGCAUUUAAUGAAACUGUCUUCUUCAACAACACCAUGAGUUUCAAUGAUACAACAUAUAACAACAGCACCUUCAAUUUUAUUGACUAUAUUGAAAACCCAGAUAAUCACUAUUAUUUGGAAGGCAGCCUAGAUGCCCUUCUUUGUGGAAACAGCUCUGAUUCUGGAAGGUGCCCAGAGGGAUACACAUGCAUGAAGGCUGGGAGGAACCCCAACUUUGGCUACACCAGUUUCGACUCUUUUGGCUGGUCCUUCCUGGCCCUCUUCAGACUCAUGACCCAGGACUAUUGGGAGAACCUUUUCCAGCUGAUCCUGCGGGCGGCUGGUAAGACAUACAUGCUGUUCUUUGUGGUGAUUAUCUUUCUGGGCUCCUUCUACCUCAUCAACCUUAUCCUGGCUGUGGUAGCCAUGGCUUAUGAUGAACAGAAUCAGGCAACUCAGCGAGAGGCCAUAGAGAAAGAGGAGGAAUUCCAGCGGCUACUAGAGCAACUCAGAAAUCAGGAACAGGCUCAAGCUCUUGGGAGCCAAGCCACUCUAACCAGUAAGAAGUCGCUCAGUCAUCACUCCAUAUCUGAGUUGGCAGAUGAUGAACUGAGCCUUGAACCUGAUGAAAUUAUCAAGGAUUGUAAUGGGAGAGUAGUUCCCCGUCUGAUGAUCAGAUCGCCCACCAUGGUCGAGUCUGCUGCAGAUUGUGAAUUCAGGGAGAAGUCAUUAGGCUCUGUGCACAGCAUGCUUCAUCUGGAUGAACCAGGCCUGACACAGAGAUCUGCUAGUGCUAUGACUGUGCUCACUGCAGCUGCUAUGGAAGAGUUAGAGGAUGCUCAGAGGCCGUGCCCACCUGGCUGGUACAAGUUUGCUGACAUGUUCCUGAAGUGGGACUGCUGCGUGUACUGGGUGGUCUUUAAAAAGUGGGUUCACUUUGUGGUGAUGGACCCUUUUGUUGACUUGGGCAUCACCAUCUGCAUCGUGCUCAACACCCUCUUCAUGGCCAUGGAGCACUACCCCAUGACCCCAGAGUUUGACUACAUGCUCUCUGUGGGGAAUCUGGUGUUCACUGGGAUCUUCACAGCAGAAAUGUUUUUCAAGCUUAUAGCCAUGGAUCCCUACUACUACUUUCAAGUUGGUUGGAACAUUUUUGACAGCAUCAUAGUCACGCUCAGUCUGGUGGAGUUGGGGCUGGCAAACGUCCAGGGGCUGUCUGUCCUUAGGUCCUUCCGUCUGCUUCGUGUUUUCAAACUAGCCAAGUCCUGGCCUACGCUCAGCAUGCUGAUCAAGAUUAUUGGUAACUCAGUAGGAGCUUUAGGUAACCUGACUUUGGUGCUGGCCAUCAUCGUCUUCAUCUUCGCCGUGGUGGGUAUGCAGUUGUUUGGCAAGAGCUAUAAGGACUGCGUAUGCAAGAUCUCCUUAGAUUGCAAGCUGCCACGCUGGCACAUGAACGACUUCUUCCACUCGUUCCUUAUCGUGUUCCGCAUCCUGUGCGGGGAGUGGAUUGAGACCAUGUGGGACUGCAUGGAGGUGGCCGGAGCAGGGAUGUGUUUACUUGUCUUCAUGAUGGUCAUGGUCAUUGGAAAUCUAGUGGUGUUGAACCUCUUUCUGGCCUUGCUGCUCAACUCGUUCAGUGGAGACAACCUCUCGGCAGGGGACGAUGACGGAGAGAUGAACAAUCUCCAGAUUGCCAUUGGCAGGAUCACACGGGGCAUCAACUGGUUCAAAGCGUUGAUCAUUCGAACUGUCCUGCACAUUCUUGGCAGAAAACCCAAGGAGCCUGAGGAGGGCCAGAUGGACGACGAGGACCCUAAAACAGAGGGAAUUGAAAUGAACCACUUGAACACCAGUCAGAAUUUCAAAAUGGCAGAUGGGAUAUCUAAUUGUUUGGUUGAAGGCCGUCCUUCUGGAUUUAUUGUGGAUGGAGAGGUCAGUCUCAAUGUGCCUAUCGCCCCAGGAGAGUCAGAUUUUGAGAACCUGGGCGAGGAUGAUGAAGACGAUGAAGAUGAUGCAGAUCUUGCGAAUGACUCAGAAACUUCAGAUGAGAAAAAUAACCAACAUUUCUCGGAAAACUUAGAAGAUGAAAUGGGUAUGGUGGGAAAGUUCAAACUGAUGGGUGCUUUGAAUGAUGGGGAUUCUUCAGUGUGUAGCACAGUGGAUUAUCAACCACCUGAGCCUGAACCAGAAGAAGUGGAAGUAGAAGAGCCAGACCCAGUGGAGCCAGAGGCCUGCUUCACUGAUGAGUGUGUGAAGCGCUGGCCAUGUCUGACCGUGGACAUCACCCAAGGUAACGGGAAGAAAUGGUGGAACCUCCGUAGGACUUGCUUCACUAUUGUGGAGCACGAUUGGUUUGAAACCUUUAUAAUCUUUAUGAUCCUCCUCAGCAGUGGAGCUCUGGCCUUUGAAGACAUCCACAUAGAAAGACGACGAACCAUCAAAAUUAUUCUAGAGUAUGCUGACAGCGUUUUCACCUACGUCUUUAUCAUUGAGAUGCUUCUUAAAUGGAUCGCAUAUGGCUUCAAGACCUACUUCACCAACGCUUGGUGUUGGUUAGACUUUUUCAUUGUAGAUAUUUCCCUGAUUAGUUUAGUUGCCAACUGGAUGGGCUACUCUGACCUUGGACCGAUCAAAUCGCUCAGAACUCUCAGGGCACUGAGGCCUCUUCGAGCACUGUCAAGAUUUGAAGGGAUGAGGGUCGUGGUGAACGCUCUUGUUGGAGCAAUUCCCUCCAUCUUCAAUGUGCUGCUGGUGUGUCUGAUCUUCUGGCUCAUCUUCAGCAUCAUGGGAGUUAACCUGUUUGCCGGGAAGUUCUACCGCUGCAUCAACACCACCACGGAGGAGCUCUUCCCCAUGACUGAGGUCAACAACAAGAGCGACUGCAUGGCCGUCAAAGAAGCCACGCAGGAUGCCCGCUGGGUCAACGUCAAAGUCAACUAUGACAAUGUGGGACAAGGCUACCUGUCCCUGCUUCAAGUGUCAACUUUUAAAGGCUGGAUGGACAUCAUGUAUGCUGCCGUCGACUCAAGAGAGGUAGAGGAGCAACCUUCAUAUGAGAUCAACCUCUACAUGUACAUGUACUUUGUCAUCUUUAUCAUAUUUGGCUCAUUCUUCACCCUAAACCUCUUCAUUGGUGUCAUUAUUGAUAAUUUCAACCAACAAAAGAAAAAGUUUGGAGAUAAAGACAUCUUUAUGACUGAAGAACAAAAAAAGUACUACGAGGCCAUGAAGAAACUUGGUUCCAAGAAGCCACAGAAGCCAAUUCCACGUCCAACUAACAAAAUCCAGGGACUAGUGUUUGACUUCAUCAGUCAGCAGUUUUUUGACAUCUUCAUUAUGGUGCUCAUCUGCCUCAAUAUGGUGACCAUGAUGGUGGAGACAGACAACCAAAGUGCAGAGAAGGAAGAUUUUCUCUUUAAAGUAAAUGUGGCUUUUAUUAUUGUCUUCACCGGAGAGUGCGUGUUGAAGCUCUUUGCCCUGCGUCAAUACUUCUUCACAAAUGGAUGGAAUAUUUUUGAUUUUGUUGUGGUCAUCUUGUCCAUAGCUGGUACAAUGCUCUCAGACAUUAUUGAGAAGUACUUUGUGUCACCAACUCUGUUCAGAGUGAUCAGACUGGCCAGAAUAGGCAGGAUUCUGCGUCUCAUUAAAGGCGCUAAGGGCAUUCGGACCCUUCUCUUCGCUCUAAUGAUGUCACUUCCUGCCCUAUUCAAUAUUGGUCUCCUGCUUUUCCUCAUUAUGUUCAUCUUCUCCAUAUUUGGCAUGUCAAACUUUGCCUAUGUCAAAAAGGAGGCUGGAAUCGAUGAUAUAUUUAAUUUUGAGACUUUUGGUGGUAGCAUUAUCUGCUUGUUUCAGAUCACAACAUCAGCCGGCUGGGAUGGGCUUUUACUUCCAAUGCUGAACAAGGAGUAUCCGGACUGCGAUCCAGACUUUGAGAACCCAGGCACGGGUGUAAAGGGAAACUGUGGCAACCCGAUGAUGAGCAUGAUCUUCUUCUGCAGCUACAUCAUUAUCUCAUUCUUAGUGGUUGUCAACAUGUAUAUAGCCAUCAUCUUAGAGAACUUCAAUGUGGCGCAGGAGGAGAGUGGUGAUGCACUCUGUGAGGAGGACUUUGAGAUGUUCAAUGAGACUUGGGAGAAGUUUGAUCUAGAAGGAACUCAGUUCAUUGAGUAUAACCAGCUAUCAGAUUUUUGUGAUGCUUUGCAGGAGCCACUGAGGGUUGCCAAGCCCAACAUGCUUCGCCUGACUGAAAUGGAUCUGCCCCUGGUCAUUGGGGACAGGAUCCACUGCCUGGAUGUCUUGUUAGCUGUAACACAGAUGGUCUUAGGAGACACGGUGGAGAUGGCGGCAAUGCGGGAAAGCAUUGAGGCUAAGUUCAUUCUGAACAACCCAACCUCAGACUCCUUUGCACCGAUUACCACAACAGUACGCCACAAAGAAGAGGAUAGGGCUGCUGUAGUCAUUCAGAGGGCUUACCGCAACCACCUACUGAAACGCUGCAUACGCCACGCUGCUUUUAUGCACCGCUCUAAGAGUACGAGUAAGAAGGACGAAGGUGAAUGUCCACCGGAAAAAGAGGGGAUCCUCGCACGAAGAAUGGGAGUGCUCUAUGGGAGCAAUGUGGACCUUGCAGAGGAGAUGGAGCAGGCUGCUUUGGACGCUCUAGCAAGCCAGCAGCCUCCUCAGCCUCUUUACACAGGGGCCCAGUGUGGUCCAGAACCCCUUGAGCCAAAUACCAUGGUUGUACCUGUAGAAAUUACUAAUGAAGUUUUAUUACAUUCUGCCCCCAACCAACACUUCUUAGCCCUACAUGCAAACCUGAGAGAGUCAAUUGUAUAACAAACAGCAGAGGACAAUUGCUGCUGCUGUUUUUCACUAGUCACAAAUUAGUAGUAGUUAGUAGUUAGCAGAGUCUCACUAAUGGAGCUGAAUUUUCCACAUUAGAUGGUUAUACAGUGCUAAUGGCUGAACUGCAUUUUUUUGAUAAUUAAACUUAACAAACAAUUCCUGUUUUUUCCAUGCAAUAUUUAAGUGUCUUUUUGGGUUGAAGUUGGAACUGGAGUGCAUGGUUUUCUCUGAUAGUCACCAUUGAUAUGCAGAAAAAUUCAGUUACCAGUUGUAAGUUGUUGUAGUCUUCUCUGUAUAUUGGUGGAGGUACAUAAUGGUUAAUUAAUUGAAAUUUCCAAAUUAUUAUUAUAUAUAUUACAAGUAGAUAAUAUUUCUCAGCAUUUAAAUGCACAUUGGUUUUCAGAGAACGGCAACACUUACCCUCUCAGCCAAUAAUAAACUUGCUAGUGUUUGUAGGGAGAUACAUCUUAGUGGACCAGGAUCUGUGACACAAUAGCUUUCUAGUAAAAAUCAAUCUUGAAAUUGCAACGAGAUCAAGGUUUUGCUUAACCUGUAAAUUAGUUUUUUAAUGGAUAGUCAUUGGCCAGAUGACAGAGAUCUAAAUAUUCCAGUGGAUUUUAAUGCAUGCUUUGGUUUACACCUUCAUUCAGGCUAGCAAAAACAUUGCUUUUGUUGUGGCUAUUACCAAAAAAACAAACCAUGUGCCCCAGUUUCUAACCAAAGAGUAACUUGAACAGCACAUGGCAAAACCUGAAUGACACCCUUAUAUGAGUAUAUGCAACUGUGUUUAUGUCAUACACAGUGUGUACAAGCUUGAAGAGCAGCUAAUCACUUGACUCUUUAUGUUGCCUUACAUUUCAAAGCAACAAGA